AUGGCGGCGCUAGGCACCUCCUCGACCUCUCCCCUCAACCUGUCUCCCACAUCCCUGUCCCCGCCAGGACCGCCGCCGACCCCGCCCCCGACCUCGAACGCACUCUCGAAGUCGCCGGUGGAGUCGAAGGAGAGCUCCCCGAGCCCAGUGCCUCGCUCCGCCUGCCUCGAGAACUCACUGCCCCUCGCCGUGUUUUAUGGGCCCCUGGACGCUAAAAACCCACUCCUGGCCUCCUGCGAGAGGGAAAUCCGGGAAUUACUAGGCUUUAUGAAGAGAAAGAAGGCGUUAGCGAUAACGGAGGAACAGAAGCAUGAAUUCCACCGGCUUUGGGAAAGAAGUGCUAGGGAGAAAAUUAGAGCAGAGUGUGGGGAUAGAAGAUAUGGCUUUGGAGACAAAACUGCAGCACAUACAUUUCACGCUUUAAGUGGCAGAAAUAUUUGCAACUAUGAGCUGGUCUGUGAUAAUGAUGUGAACCUGAAGAAUAAAGACUCUGUGAGCCAGUGUCUGCAUAUUUUGUCCUCCUUAAGACUUAUCAUGCAGCUGGCUUUGCCACAGGAACACCUUUGCUGGAUUAUCUUUAAUGGUACCAUUUACAUUUACACCAUUUGCAGAAAACUGAUGAUCAUAGGUCAGUCUUCCAAGGCCUUGGAGUAUCUCCUGUGGGCCAGCAUGUGUAUGGAGUUCUCGGUCCCCCUCCUGUCGGUCCGGUACUUGACGUGGAGAGCUACCCUUUACACUGCUGUCUGCCAGGGCUACUAUGACUGCCAGGCUGGCAUUCACGGAGAGGCAUUUGCUCGGCGUGCUUUAGCUAAAAUUGAUGAGUUAAGGCAACUGGAAUUAAUGAGUUCCUCACAAUCACAGGAAGAAUCCAGAAGACAUUAUAGAGAGGCCACAAUAAAGAUGGCAGUGAUGAUCUUCAAAAGAGGAGUAUUUGAAUCUAGAAGAAAAAACAAAAGUUUCUUUAGACCAAAGAUAAGAGUUAACCUGAGGGAAGCUCAAACUUUGCCAUGGCCACGUACCGUCACAGAGCGGCUGUUGGAUGAGAUGUUUGACAGCACCGCAUCCCGGUUUCUGGCUGUCUUAGAAGCUCUUUCUGAUUCAAAUAGGCGCACACUACAAACUGGACCCAUUGUUACAGAUGAAGUAGAAGUUCGGGAUGUUGUCUCAGAACUGUUUAUGGCAGGAAAAGAACUUUUAAUAAUGUCAAGUACUGGUGCAGAUGGAAUGCUUGAUUUUCCACAAACAUCUCUUUUGCAACUUACUGUAAAAGGAAAAAAUGUUAUUUCUAUAGAUGCUGCUGUGAAAUUUGUAAAGUUAGCUUUUACUUAUGAGGAAUGGAGUUUAUUUGAAUCUUUAGCUGGGCAGCUUAUUGAUUUUCUCCAGAGGCAGGAUGAUCCAGAGUCAAAGAAAGCAGAAAAGGAUUUAAUUCUCCUUGUUGCAAUAGAACCUUUAAUCAACGUAAAGAGAAACAAAGGUUUGGUCUUUCCCAUGGAAAAUUAUAAAGAAGGACAAUCAGCUCAAAUUAAUGUUAAGAAAAUUGCUUUUCAUGAUUCUUGUUUGAAGACUUAUGGAUAUUCAGAAGACAUUUUCCAUUUGGCAGCAACCUUGUACUCUUGUGUCUGUGCUUCUCCCCAGAAUGUUCAGCCUGAUAAAGAAAUCGUUGUGGACAUGAUAAUGUUCCUAUGGCAGAAAUGCAAAUUAGGAAUUCAGCGGAUCAAUAUGCCCAGAAAUGACUAUGCAAAAUUCACCCAGAAAAUCAGUACUAAUAAAUGGGUUUAUCUUCUGUGGCAGAUAAAUGAAGUAAUUCACUGCUAUAAAAUGGAAGACAUUGAUGUUGUGGUGGUAGCAGAGGUCACGUUGCGAUUAAGUGAAAUAUUGGAGUUAUUAGGAAACCCACGAAGAAAAUUUAAAAAAUCUCUAGAAUUACUUUAGAAGAAACCCGUGGAACAGUUAUUUUUGGCUUAUGAACUUCUUGACAAAGCAAUUGAUGGAAUAAACUUGAAUUGCAUGUUAACUACUUUGCCAAAUGGAUCAUCAGUGAUUGACCAUUGCUAUGCCAAGUACACCCAGGAUAUAGAUGGAGACAUUUGCAAACCAGUCACACCAAAUUCUUUCAUGAUGGAUUUGCAUCUUGAACUAAUUCAAGCCCAGCACCGGAUAGCUGUUGUGCUUCUUGACCAGUUGCAAGUUUUGCAGACUCCAACUGUUAGCAAACACAUAUCUACCAAAGGUCCAGAAAAGCUAAAACAACCUAGAAGCAUUGACUGUUUUACAGAAUUGAAUGUAAUGAAUAAAAUAAGGAAGAAUAAGCUAUCCAAAGCAAUUUACUUGAUGCAGAAAGCUCUUCUAAUAUUUGAGAAAGAUGCGGCCUCUACAUCUUCACACAACCUUUUGAUGGAAGCAUAUUCUUUAAUUAAGAAGACUGAAGCAGAACAAAAUACCCUGUAUUCAUACCAAAAAUAUGUGGAGAGUUCAAAAAGAAAGAAAAGCAGAUUCCCUCCCCCACCUAUCCUGCUAUCCCGAACUUAUUGUUCUGUGACAUUGAAACCUGCUCCAUUUAUUUCAGAUGUUAAGGUUUCCUGGUACUGCAUUUUGGGUUGCAAAGCAGAAGGGAGUUAUGGAAAAGUAAGGCUAAAUAAUAAUCAUCUCCCAAACUCAGGAGAAGCGAUACCAGCUGAUGGUAAAAGCAUUUUUGAAGUGAAAGGUUUAGAAACCAAUGAAAAAUAUGUUUUUGCAAUUGCUGCUUAUUCUUCUAAUGGGAAGCUUAUUGGUGAUGCUAUUGGGGAGACAACUAAACCAAUUCUGGUUUAUCCACCUCUUUCUGCUGUUACUGCUCGGAUGUUCUUGACGCAGGUUGCCUAUCAGGCUGGUACCUAUGAGUUGGCUAAGAAGGCUUUCUCACCAGUUUGGGAUUAUUUUGUUGCUUCACCACAUCAAGAUGAACAAUCUGUUAUUUGUUUAAGCAAUAUAAUGACUAUUACACAGAGAAGAUUAUAUUCAGAUAUUUUGGCAGAGACUUCUUCAAUCCUCUUAUACCUUUUUCUUAGAAAUAUUUUUGUAACAAGUGACAUUAAAAUUAAAGAAGAAAAUCUUUUCUGUGAUAGUAUUAAAGGCAAUGAGCUUUUCCCCUCUCAACAAAUUACUAGACUAAUUGAAUGUGAGAGAGUCUUAGUGGCAUUGGAACUCAGCAGCCACCUAAAUGAUUCCAGUUAUGCCCUUCAAGCUGUGACUCAGUGUUAUGGCCUUCUUGCUCCUAUAAUCUACCACAAUAUUGUUUUGGUACCUGUCAUACAGAUCUUGAUAAAGUGUGUAGUGGCUUUGCAAGGAUUACCAAAUAUCAUCCACUCAAAGAAACAUAUUGCAAGUUUUGAAAGUGUACAGCACAUGAUAGCCUGUUGUAUCUUCUACAUAACAAAGAUUCUGCGUUCAUGGAAAGAAUAUGACCUGGCAGUAAUGAUUAUAAAUUAUGGAAAAAAGAUGUUGGACAUCACAUCAGUUUGCAAAUCUCUAUUUGGUGUGUCUGACCAAGAAGAAAUGCAAGAGGAGGGUUCUUCUAAGAAGUCUUCCAAGCCGAAGAAGCCACAGCAGAUAUUAUUACCUGAAAAAAUAAAUGAACAGCUGGCCUUGUUGGAGACACACCUACUCAAACUGACAAAGCAAUAUGCUACAGCUGAACUGUCAGGAGCAGAGGACCCUAUAUUUCUUUACCCUGUUGUUUUAAACUGGUCGGUCAAAGGCGCUGUAAAAGAAGUUAUGAAAUUUAAGCAGAGACCUAGAUUCCUAGAAUUUUUUACACAAGUGAUGCUAAAAUGUAUGAAUGAUGAAAAAUUUCAUCUUAUGGUGGAGAUAACAAAUCCUGUUUAUGACUUCUUGAAAAGGAGGAAUGAGUCCCUACUUGGAAUAAGAAGAAUGAAAUAUAAGGAUAAUGUUUUGUGUAAAAAGACAACCAAACCUUUGAAGAAGUUCAAAGCUGCAGUAAUGGAGAUUGGAAGGACUAUAGAACCUUUGCCAAGAAAAAGAAGUAAAAGAAAGGAAACUCUAAGAGAAUUUUUUUCCAAAAAUCCAUCUUUUUCUGAAAUGGUGGAACAUGAAAGAAAUAAGAGAACUGAUGUUAGAAAACUUGCCUAUCGAUUCCUGGUGGAUAACUUGAAUCCUAUAAUAUUAAGUUUUGUGAAAAGGAAGAGGUUCCAUCAAAUAUUUCUUGAGGAGAUGCCCUGGAGAGCUCAGAUGAACCUGUAUCUGGCAAGUGCACACUUCAACCUGCUUUUAACGAAGCUAGGGGAACGUAUGAAGAUGAAAUUUGGCUCUUCACAUCCAGUGGUCAGGUAUAGAAUUUGGCUUGCUGCAGCAUUUCAUCCCUCGGUACGCUUCUCUUUCCUUUCAGAAUACAGCCACGCCAAAGAGCUCGUCUGUGUGCCUGUGGAUGUGACAGACACUUUGAGGUGUUUUAGAGAGACCCUGGAAAAAUCCAGAUAUCAUAACAGAUCAGUCCGACACAGCAGAAAGUUACUUUCGUUAUUCCUUGCACAGACACAAGGAGAUAAAGGAGGAAUAAACAAUUCGAAAUUUACUACUGGAAAGGUGGAAUUUUGCCUGGGGACAGAAGAGAUGCAUAUGCCAACACCGCCCAACCUCUCUCAGGAACACUUCAGAGUUUUCAGUUCAGUGGAGAAAAGUAAACUUCCCAAUUCGCAAUUGGGACUCGUAAUUUCCUCUUAUUAUGAAACCAUUGAUGUUCUCCAAGUCAGCCAUCAAAGAAGUCUCAAAGUUCAGGCAUUGCAUGAACUCGGAAGCCUUCUCGUCUUUGCCGGAAAGAAAAGGGCUGCUUUUAGAUGUUGGUGUCAAGCUCUUGAUGACAUAUUCAAAAAAGAAGAUGUGCUGUAUACGUGGAAAGAGUUUGGUACCUUGCUCACCAAUGCCACCAACAGCUAUUCACCUCCAGGUUCCAAAGAUUAUAGUGAGGAAUUUCUGUCAAAAGUUGGCAUUUGGGGAUGUUUGCAAGGAGCAGUCAUAUCAGCAAAGAUAGCACAAUUUAUUAUGAUCUUGGAGGUUGACAAGAGAACCAACUGUUGCAUUUUGUCUGCAUUACUCUUUCAGGGUUUGCUUAGAACCACACUUCCACACCCCAAAGCUGAACGUUGCUAUGCUCAGUAUGAAAUCAGUCAGCUUCUCCCAGGCAUCGAGCUCUUCUCAGACAGAUACAGGGCUGACAUUUGCUCUGUAGUCGCAAGUCUGUAUUACAUUAUACGUGAACUACACUAUGCUAAGCAAAAUCUAAUAAUUCUGCCUCUCCUUGCAUUGUAUGAAUAUUUUGUGUCUGGAAUUUGCCAAGACCUCAUCAGAAAUCUAGAAGCAAGGAUCCUCAAGAUUCAGGUCCUUACAGAUUUAAGAUUUUUUUCUGAAGCCUUUUAUGAGAUAUCCCAGAUUUUUUAUGGAAAAAACAUGCCUUCCUCGAUACCCUCUGGCUGUAAGCCUCCUGGAAAAGUGAAG